AUUCAUGGCUUCUCUCGUCUCUUCUCCCUUUACUUUUCCUUCAUCUCCCCCCUCGUUUCUCGAGUUUCAAUCUUCUCUCUCUUUUCUUCCUUGCUUUUCUAUUCAAAGCCCGGUUGACUCGAGCAUUGAAUGAAGCCUUGAGUGCGGAGCGGAGCCUCAAGUAAAUCGGGCACUCCAAGACAAGUUCGAGGACUGACCAAACCUGCUAGUCAGUAUAACUCAGGAAUAAAGACAGCAUAAUUGAGAGCAUAACGACUAUUCUCAAAGUCAAUCCGACGACAACUAUAUCGAUAUCCGAAUUUACGAAGGAAACGAGAGGCCUUUUCAGGCUCAACACUAUCAACAAUGCCUCCCUCCUUGAACACCCAUCCCUCCUUUACCCGUCCUCGGACUAGCGACCGCGAUGGCAGGCCCAGCACCCGCGACCAGGGCGCUGAUCAGAACCUCCUGAUCCCCAGCCGAACUUCUUCGCUUCACUCGCGCAUCACCCAGCCCAUCCCUUCAACCCUCAACAUGAAGCCUCAGCAGCGAACUCCGAAGACUUUGACACAUGCCUACAUGGUUUGUGGUGUUGGUCGUGAGCCUUCUCAAUGGGUCAAGGCUCCUGCACCGGCUCAAGGCAAGAUUGGCCACAUGAAGGGGGCUGUUGGGCAGUUCUGGCUCCCUGAGAUUCUGGGCAGCAGCCCACGUCUCGAGCAGGAUAAUGAGAUUGCGCGGGCUCUUCACUCCGCUAUGAGGGCAUGCUUCCCUCACGAUGUCGAGAUCUGCACAGGCCGAAGUCAGCCUCACUGUGUUCACCAUGCUUUCGUUCUCCAGCAAGAUUCUUCUCACACUCUUUACGGCAUUUGCCUGCGCGUUUGGUCGCGCGCCGAUGAGAAGAGGGCCGAGACAAUUCGUGACCUUCGCAAGAGAACCGAGAGCGACUACUACGACAACCCCGAUGAGACCUACUGGAUCCCUUACUGCUUGUCGUUCCUUUCACGAUACCCUCUGUACAAUCUUCUUGGAGAUUAUCUCAGAGGUAUGUGGAUUCACUGGAACAAGGCUACCAACCUGUUCCACGCUGAGGAAGUUUCCCGUAUCCUAAGCUUCCCUGCUCCUCGCCUCAACGAUCUUGUUCGCAUCGACAUGAAGGACUACGCUCUCUGCUACCAGUUCCCAUCUUCGCCUACCGGAUUCCAGAACUUUGCCAUGUGGCCUCUUUUCAACUGUCUCUCGAUUCCCAACAUUGUCGGUGUUAUCGAAGCCGCCAUCUCUCCUACACGCCGAAUCAUCUUCGUCAGCCACUACCCUGCUAUGCUCACCAUGGCUGCUGAGACCGUGCGAUACUGUGUUCGAGUUUACGAGUGGAGCGGACUCUAUGUCCCAGUUGUGCACGCUCGUCACGCUAAGGAACUGGUUCAGGAGCCCGGCCCUUACAUUUUGGGUAUCACCGUUGAGUGUCGCUCGCUCUUCACUGCCCCUACCGAUGCUCUGGUUGUUGAUCUUGAUCGCAACUUUGUUCUUACCUCCAGCCCUCCUACUGCUCUUACCCCCGGCCAGCGCAACAAGUUUGUUACACGACUUACACAAGCUCUCAACGGUGAUGUCACUCCUUCUGGAGUUCCUCAGCAUCUUCGAUCCGCUUAUGGUGGCGGCAAGCUCGUUCCCGCGGGCCAGAUCAUCGUUAUGCGCGGUGAGGUUGAGUCUAUCCAGGAUCCUGAGUGGUGGAACCAAGAUGCCGUCAUGGCUGUUAUGGACCACGUCUGUGAGAAGCUUGGACGCAACACUGGUAUCAAGGCCGUCUUUGGUGGAUCUGUGAAGAAGCCUCUCAUGACCAAGGUUUCUAUGCGCCAUCUUAAUGAGAUCGUUCGUGAGAGGAACCAGUACUCUCGCGAUGCUCUUGAGGCUUGGCAAGAUUUCAUCAACCUUAAGGGCCGCAUGGAUACGGAGCUCAACAAGGUUACUAAGCGUAACAACUACCUGGUUGAGGAGCUUGAGAGCUGGAAGCAGCAAUUCCUCAAGUUCCAGGCCUUCGCUGAGACCCUCACCAAGGAGACCCAGGAUCUCAAGGUCAAGAUCGACACACACAAGAGGGAGAACCGUCGUCUUGCUGGUCUCAUUGAUCAACAGAAGGAUGACAAUGCUCGCCUCUCUGUGCGCCUCACUGGAACCGAGAAGCAGCGUGAUGACGCUCUCGAGGCUCUUGUCCUUCAGCAGGAGAUUGCUGAGGAGCUUGAGCGUGAGCGCAAGAGGAACAAGAAGGAGCUUUCCCAGCUUCAGCACACUAACAUGACCAUCAUGCGACAGCGUGAUGAGGCUCGCAGAGUUGUCCUUCACCUCCGCAGUCUUAUCGGUGGUCAGAGCCACCACAUGGAGCAUCUCAUCCAGUCUCUCACCAAGCCUGAUGACCUUACCCAUGAGAUCGAGGAGGGUUAUGAUGAAGCCGAGGAGGAUGUGCAACAGGCUGGUGAGCCUGGCCGCCUUACCCCCAGCCCCAACCCUCGAAACAAGCGAUACUCUUCGUCUAGCUUCACCGACGUUGCCGAUCGUCACCUCAAGGAUAAGACUGACGCCAUUGCUCACAUCGUCCGAAACAUUGCUGAGCAAUGUCAAGCUGCUGUUGAGGGUCUCCAGCUGGCACAUGAUGCCGAACUAGGGAGUUCUAGUAGAAGGAAUUCUAGCCUCUCUACCACCCAGAGCGAUGACGGCCACUCCGCCGCCACGUCCGAAACAGGAGACGACUCCCUCCUGGCGCCGCGGUCCGGGAGGGCGUCCAGUAUCCCUCCCACCCCGGAUCUCAUUCCCAACAGGAGCAGCACAGCAAUGUCCUUUGCCUCUACGGCUACGACUCCGGAGCGAGCGUCCCAACAGUAUAGCCUUAGAGACGAGAUCCCCACCAAGAUUGUCGAGGAUGACGAAGAGGACUUCGAGGAAAAUCGAAGCGACAACGGAGGGGUCACACAUGAGACAAGCGUCGUUUCUAAGCAUCAGCUCCAGCACCAACAGUCCCUGAUGCACAGGCCAUCGGGCGCCAGGAUCAGCGCUCUUGGUGGCACCCGCUGAGUGUUUUGGAUAAACACCUUAACGUCUGAGCAUGAGCCUUGCUUUUUUGUGAACUUCUCACUUCUUGCUUAUUUCGAUUUAAUUGUCUUGUAUUUGGCGGCUGGCUUGGAUCAAAACCUGCGGGUUCGGCGUUUGAUGUCCCUUAUAUCUUUUUUGUCACUACCAUUUUUCUGCCUCAUCUGAUGAGCAGCUUAGCUCAUAUACCUACGUUAAGCCUGACGGCCAUCUUCUCAUUAUGUUAGAAUAUUCUUCUACGUAGCGGUGUUUGUAUAGUCUUCCUCCUUUACUUGGUUGAAGGGGGGUAUAAGAAUGAAACACAUUUGAAUGUUA